AUGACUAUCCGACGCCUCAUACUGGAAACUAAUAUGUCUGGCGCUACCACUGGCGUUCACAAUAGCAGCGACAAACACAACGACCAAACGCAACCAAAAUACCCAAUUGACCUUUUCCGCGGCUGGCCCAACCCCGCUCUCUUACCUGUCAACUCCCUCGCCCAGAGCGCCGCUACAGUUCUCUCGUCGCCCCCAAUCUAUGAGCCCGGUCUCCAAUACGGUCCUGAUGAAGGAUACGGCCCAUUGAGAGACCACAUAGCCUCGUGGCUCACUUCCUUCUAUCGCGCCGACGACUCACCGUUACAAAAAGAUACCAAUCCAAUCACCGCUGAUCGCAUAUGCAUCACAGGCGGCGCAAGUCAGAAUUUAGCGUGCAUAUUACAGGUUUACACGGAUGCGGUGUAUACGAGGAACAUAUGGAUGGUUGCGCCGACGUACUAUCUUGCAUGCAGAAUAUUUCAUGAUGCGGGGUUUAUGGAGAGGUUGAGAGGGGUGCCGGAGGAUGAGGAGGGGAUUGACUUGGAGUUUUUGGAAAGGGAGUUGCAGGAGGCGGAGGAUAAGGCUAUGGUGGAGGGGAAUAAUAAACCGUUAUAUACUCUGCCACGACCAUGGAGCAAAAUAUAUAAACACGUCAUAUAUCUCACGCCAACGUUUGCGAAUCCCUCGAUGAAAGUGGUCUCGCUGCGGCGACGGGAAGGUCUGGUUCGACUAGCCCGACGGUUCGAUGCGCUCAUUAUAGCCGACGACGUCUACGAUUUUCUGCAAUGGCCUUCGAACCCAGAUGCUCCAGAUGUCAAGGAAACAGCCUCAAUACCGCGCAUACUUGAUAUGGACGGGUAUCUUGAUGGCGGACCGAUAGACGACUUUGGUAAUGCAAUAAGCAACGGCAGCUUUAGCAAGUUGGUUGGACCCGGGAUGCGCGUUGGAUGGGCCGAGGGGACGGAGAAAUUCGCAUAUGGGUUAUCACAGGCAGGAUCAUCACGAUCCGGUGGCGCCCCAUCGCAAUUAUCAUCCACAUUUGUGGACCAACUCCUACCAACAGGCAUACUGCAACAACACAUUAAACAAGAACUUGUCCCCGCAUACAGAGCACGCUACAAUCGACUGAUGGCCGCUAUAAGAGAGCAUCUUCUACCACUAGGAUUCAAACUGCCCCCAGGCAAUCAACCCAUCUCGGGUGGGUUUUUCAUCUGGCUUGAUCUACCAUCACCGUUGACGGGUGAUUUGCUAGCGCAGAGAGCGUUGGCUGAUGAAAUGUUGAGGAUUGGGAGUGGGACGUUGUUUCAGGUUCAGGGUGAUUGUAGUGAGGAUCAUAGGACAUUUCAGGGUAGUAUUCGGUUGUGUUUUGCGUAUGAGCGGUUUGAGUUGCUCUAUGAGGGGGUUGAGCGGUUGGCUGCUGUGGCACGUCUGUAUAUUGUGAGAGGUGCUUUGAUAGAGGUAUCAUCGCACGAUCCAGGCCAACAAACGGGCUUUGAGGAUCUUUUAGGGGAAAUCAUUUCUCGCCCUCUUCCUCUCUCUUCCUCUUCUCUUCCCUCUUCUCUGUGCCGUAUUGUUCGACUUCAUUUAUUUUCCUUUCUAUUUUAUCUUCGCCAUUCAUUCUUUUGUGGCUGGUGUCCGCAGUCGUUCUCUCCUUCCCUUCGAUUCUACACAACGAUUUACUGUCCCGGCGGCAGCUGGCUUUGGUCAUUGAUUGCACGUGGAGUGCAUACACAUUGGACUAGCGACAUUUUCUUCAAUCAACUUAGAGAAGCCAUUUACCACUCGUUCAACAAUAUCUGCCGGUCAGAUCGUGUUUUAAAACCUCACUGGCUCAAUACAAACGACGCAAUGUUUCUCGUCAAGAUUCUGUUGCUCCUUGGCUUUUCAGCCAUGUUGCAGGCUGCGCCUACACCCCAGACCGGCAUUACUGCUUCAUCAUCUGGGUUUUGGAUGGCCAAUAUUCAGCGACAGGGUAGCGUGGCGUUUGGAAACUCGUCUACCUACCAGGUCUUCCGUAAUGUCAGGGAUUUCGGUGCCAAGGGCGACGGCUCAACUGAUGACACUGAUGCCAUCAAUAGUGCUAUCUCUAGUGGUGAUCGAUGUGGCUUGGGAUGCGACUCGUCAACAACAACCCCCGCCAUCGUCUACUUCCCCCCUGGAACAUAUGUUGUAUCAAAGCCGAUUAUUCUGUACUACUACACGCAACUCAUUGGUGAUGCUGGUGACUUACCUGUUAUUAAGGCGGCUGCUGCCUUCACCGGCAUGGCUGUCAUUGAUUCUGACCCAUAUACGGACACAGGCGACAACUGGUACACCAACCAGAACAACUUUUUCCGUCAGGUUCGCAACUUCGUUAUUGAUCUUACUUCUAUGCCUCAAAACGUAGGAGCUGGCAUCCAUUGGCAAGUCGGUCAAGCUACCAGUCUUCAAAAUAUCCGGUUCGAGAUGAUCAAAGGAGGCGGUGACGCCAACAAGCAACAAGGCAUCUUCAUGGACAACGGCUCUGGCGGUUUCAUGAGCGAUUUGACCUUCAACGGUGGCAACUACGGAAUGUUCUUGGGAAAUCAGCAAUUUACGACCCGCAACCUAACAUUCAAUGGUUGCAACACCGCCAUUUUCAUGAACUGGAACUGGGCCUGGACCUUUAAAUCCGUCACUGUCAAUGACUGUGCGGUCGCUCUGAACAUGUCUAACCGCCCAUCGAACCAGACCGUUGGUUCAGUCAUGAUGCUGGACAGCACUCUCUCCACAACCGACCAAGCCAUCGUUACUGCUUGGGCUCACGACAGCGUUCCUCCCGGUGCCGGUACUUUGAUCUUAGACAACGUCGAUUUUAGAGGAUCCAGCAUCGCUAUUGCCGGCAUUGACGGAGAGACGAUUCUACCAGGUGGCUCUGUCAUACAGUCCUGGGUCCAAGGCAACACAUAUACAAGCGGCUCUACCCCCAGAAAACGUGAUCUCCAAUCUACAAACAUCGAAGACGAUACCUGCCCGGCUCCAGAGAUUGUCACCGUGACUGUUUACCAGACUCUCGGCAAUGGUGCGUCACAUUCCACAUCCACGCCAAUUGCCUCGGCUGCUUCUGGUACCUCCGUAGCCUCGCGACUUAGCUCUGCUCAUUCAGACUCCGCAUCUGGAUCUGGAGCUGUUGCUGCAGCUUCUUCCAAGUCUGCUACAUCUGCUACUGGCGGGGCCUCUACUGGUAAAGCUUCUCAGACUGUUCCAACAAGAACUCCCGCUUCUGGCACAUCUAUUCCUGAUUCCGGUUCUUCGCUACGCACCGCUGGCUCAACCGGCAAAUCUCAUUCCCCUGUACCUCCAGGUAGUACCUGCCCGGCCCCUUCUCCAACUAAGUCCCGGGUUCAAGAAACUAGAGCUCCCGUCAGCAAGCCUGCCGCUCUCGUUGAUGGCUCUGGUAAAGUCUUUGAGCGCUCCAAACCCCAGUAUGAGACUGUUCCUGCCUCAUCUUUCGUCAGCGUCAAAUCUGCCGGAGCCAAGGGCGACGGUAUGACUGAUGACACUGUUGCCAUUCAAAGGGUCCUCGAUAGUGUGACUUCCGAUCAAAUUGUCUACUUCGACCAUGGUGCUUACAUCAUUACCUCUACUAUCAAAGUCCCCAAAGACAUCAAGAUAGUCGGUGAAAUCUGGCCCCUUCUCAUGGCAUCCGGAGCUGCUUUCUCAGAUGAGAACAACCCUAUUCCUAUGCUUCAAAUUGGUGAACCUGGUGACUUUGGUAGCGUAGAAAUUCAAGACCUCAUCCUCGAAACUAAAGGCCCUGCUCCAGGUGCCAUCCUCAUGGAGUGGAAUGUCGCUGGUUCUUCUCAGGGAUCUGUUGCAAUGUGGGAUGUUCAUUUCCGUGUUGGUGGUUCUGCAGGCACAGAACUACAGAGCAAUACUUGCACCAAAAAUCCUACUUCCGAACACGGAGCAAGUGAUGCUUGUAUUGGCGCUUUUAUGCUUUUCCACGCGACGCAGUCAGCUAGCGCUUAUGUCGAGAACUGUUGGUUCUGGGUCGCUGAUCAUGAGCUUGACCUCCCUGAUCACAACCAAAUUGACAUCUACAAUGGACGUGGUGUUCUCCUAGAGAGCCAGAAUGCCGUCUGGAUGUACGCCACUGCCGCUGAGCACAGUCAACUGUAUCAAUAUCAGCUCAGUGACGCCAAGAAUGUUUUCAUGGCUUUAAUCCAAACGGAGACACCAUACUGGCAAUCCAACCCCGGUGCUCUCAAACCUUUUAAACCCCAAACCAGUUUUAACGACCCAGACUUCUCAAUCUGCACGACUGAAAGCUGUCGCAAAGCCUGGGGUCUUCGUGUUUUCUCGUCUUCUGAUAUCUUAAUCUAUGGAGGCGGGCUUUACAGCUUCUUCGAGAACUACGACCAAACUUGUUUGGCUACCGAAUCCUGUCAAGAGAACAUCGUCCAGGUUGAUUGUUCAAGGAUUUCUAUCUUCGGUCUCAGCACCAAAGCUAGUACAAACAUGAUCACGUCGUCAGACGGUACACCCUUAGCCCUGCAAGAAGAUAACACAAGCUCUUUUACUUCAGCGCUAGCGUUGUUUGAGCAAUAA